GUUAUCGACUAUUUUCCAUCCCAAAUACGAAAAACAGCAAUCAAGUUUUACAUGAAAAAUAAUUGCAACUAUUAUAGAUAAUUAUUGAUAAUUAUAAUGACUAGAUCGAGCAUUGAAUUGGGCGAUGUUACGCCGCACAACAUAAAACAGUUAAAAAAGCUCAAUACUGUAGUAUUUCCAGUUUCAUACAAUGAUAAAUUUUACGUGGAUGUUUUAGAAGCUGGCGAAUUGGCUAAGUUGGCGUAUUAUAACGAUAUAGUUGUGGGAGCUGUUUGCUGUCGAAUAGACACAACUGAAAAUCAGCGCCGCCUUUAUAUCAUGACCUUGGGUUGCUUGUCGCCAUAUCGUCGUUUAGGCAUUGGUACUGUAAUGUUUGAACAUAUUCUAGAUUAUGUCAAAAACGAUGGCAAUUUUGAUAGCAUUUUUCUGCAUGUGCAAGUGAACAACGAUGGCGCAAUCGAAUUUUAUAAAAAGUUUGGCUUUGAAAUUGUCGAUACUAAGGAGCAUUACUAUAAACGAAUUGAACCGGCGGAUGCUCAUGUCCUGCAAAAGGCUCUAGGACGCAUUAAUUCCCAUGGCAACAUUAGUUUACAUGGAAACCUAAGCAGUAGCAGCAGUACUAAUAUGAACUCUAGAAGUAAGACACGUCAAUAUACGUUUGUUUGAGCAAUUAAAUGAAAAAAGCAAAUAAAAAAACUCGGGAAAAUA